CAAGUGGUUAAAGAUAGUGUUAGAAUAGGCAAUUCUUUAGUUAGAGUAUUCAAAUGGAAGUAUUGUGUUAGAUCUUUAGAUUUAUCUGAACAAACCACUGGGGAGAGUACAACUGUGUCCAAAGUUCGACUUGGGAAUAGCAAAUGUCUCCUCUUCUUUCAGUCAUCGGAGCUUGAGGACUGGGUUGAGGACAGUGAAGGCUGGGAAGGGGAGGCUGAUGAAGGAGACCUGGAUGCUGUCUUGCGAGAGAAACGACAGUAUGAGAGGGAGAGACGAAGAGAAGAACAGCUGAGACGCAAAGCUGAAAGAGAUGCAGCUCGGACAAAUAAACUUGCUACUAGCAAGAUUGCUACAAAGAUCUCAUAG